AUGUCCCGCCAUCACCCCGAUCUCGUCAUGUGCCGCAAGCAACCCGGCAUCUCCAUCGGCCGCGUGUGCGACAAAUGCGACGGCAAAUGUCCCGUGUGCGAUUCCUACGUGCGUCCGACGACGCUGGUCCGCAUCUGCGACGAAUGCUCCUUCGGCAACUACCAGAAUAAAUGCAUCGUGUGCGGUGGCGAGGGCAUCAGCGACGCCUUCUACUGCUUCGAAUGUACGCGUCUGGAGAAGGACCGCGACGGGUGUCCGAAGAUCAUCAACCUGGGCAGUUCGCGGACAGAUCUAUUCUACCAGAAAAAGAGUUUUCGAAAUCAUUGA